AUGUUCGCGGUCGAAAUCCUUAGUGGACAUUUUCCGGUUACCAAAGAUGUUGAUCUCAUAGCUGAUCGCUACAUAAUAGAUCUUGGAGAAGUCAGCAAUGAAUGGGAUAUUGACAUGUACGCAAAUUUCACUGCUAUCAUUGAUAAGUCCACAUCGGUGAUCAAUUUGAUAGGUUUCGCUAUUGAGGUUAAUCUAUUUCCUUAUUCAGUGAAAUCCCUUCCAUUCAUCAAGGCAGCAGUGAGAGAUAUGAAGCAAUAUGUAAUUUCAAAACGCAAAUCUCCGGUUUUUGUGGGAUUGAAUUUCUUCACAGCAGAAGGUCUAAAGAAGGCAUGGGGCGACUUUGAAGAGUAUAUGGUUUGCGAUGACAAUCCAUUUAAACCAGAUUUUUAUAUGUCCAACGAGACAAUUAUACCAGCAUAUCCAGGAGAGCCCCUGGAAUGCAGUAGUCUUGAGAAUUCUCCGGACAUUGAAGGAAUAGAGCCUCAUUAUAUUCCCCAUACUCCAACAACUGAUCGUUGCAAUUGUAUCCUGUCUGCUAUCUAUUGUUUUGUCAACCCAGAGGGUGAAUUGAAUUUAGAAGAAGAUAACUCGAUUCUGAAAUCGAUCUGUCAACAAGUUGAUUGCAGAUCAAUUGAGAAUCGACCGGAAUCUGGAGAUUAUGGUCUCUUUGCGGGCUGUUCCAAAUUGCAGAAGCAUUCAAUUGCAUUCAAUCUCUUCUACACUUAUCAUAAAUGUGAUCCUGAUUCCUGCGAUUGGAAUGGGCAUGCUAAACUUAAGCAUUCCAACCAUUCUGCCUAUGCCUUCCAGGACUUACAAAUGUGUAAGGAAGAGAUUCCGGGCGAUUGGAAAGAGUUUCUUAUCGGAGUCGAAAAGAGUACGGUAGCAAAUUCAACGAAGACACUCCAGGUUAAAGAAAACAGCUACCAAACGAGCCAGAGUCACGUUUCUCAGGAUUCCGCCGAAGCAUCCAAGGUGUCGUUAGCAAUAUUUUUAAUAAGUCUACUGUCCAUGAUAUAUAUAUAUUAG